CAAACCCGCAGCCUUUUGGUGUACAGGAGGAUGUUCCAACUGACUGAAUCUGGCCAGGGCUCUUCAUAAGCUUUCAAUCUUAAAUUAUUAAGAUCAUGCAUCUUCAAAACACUUAAAGCUAAACUGGUGGUUUGAACUGAAAAAAUGCAUACUUAAUAUCUAAUUUGAAUUAGUUGGUUGGGUAUUUGCGGAAGUUAUCUCCAAGUUUAGUCCUCCACUUGGUGAAUUCUAGAGUCUGACCCUUAGGCUUGCAAACUCAGAAACCUUGUUGACAACUUGAGAAUGGGUCCAGUGCUGUCUAGUACAGGCAGAUACACCAAACUAAAGGCAGAAAGUCAAUGUCAUCAAGUCUGUCACAGCCUGUGUCACAUCUCACUUCGGCCAUUAUAGUGUGAAUGCAGGUAGUAUAUAAACAAAUGGGUGUAGGUGUUGAUACAUGUUUAGUUAUAACAGGAAACCUUGUUAAUGGUGGUUUAAGUGAUAAAGAUAUCCAGUUACUUCAGAUACAAAUCAGGAAAUUGAAUGUUCUAGGUUUGGAGAAGUGCCUUAAAGACCAAGAUUCUGUCUAUCGUUUCAUUAUUCUUAGUGUUUUGACUUUUUGCCUCUAUGUUUAUUACCUUACAACUGAAAUGGCAGCUUCCAAUCUAGGAAUCACAUUCAUGUUCAUGUUCAAGGUAGGAAAAUGGAAGAAUUGGCACCAACUGCAUCUCCUUUUUACUAGAAAAGCGUCCCAAAAUACCUUUCUCUUCUCAUUUGACAGAACUGAAUUACAUGGGCAGCACUAACUACAAAGGAAGCCAGGGAAAUAAGUCCCUCACUUUUUUAGCCUUAAUGGGAGAGUGGUUGGUGAUGGUGGCAGUAUUUCCAAGGGGAAAAUUUGUUCUUUAAAAGCACGAGCUGUCUUGAUUGACAUGGAGGAAGGGGUAGUAAAUGAAAUUCUGCAGGGACCUUUGAGAGAUGUAUUUGAUAGCAAGCAGCUCAUCACGGAUAUUUCUGGCUCAGGGAAUAAUUGGGCUGUGGGGCACAAAGUGUUUGGCCAUCUUUAUCAAGAACAGAUUUUAGAGAAACUCAGAAAGUCGGCAGAGCACUGUGAUUGUUUGCAGUGUUUUUUUGUAAUACAUUCCAUGGGAGGAGGAACAGGAUCUGGACUUGGCACAUUUCUUUUAAAGGUGCUUGAGGACGAAUUCCCAGAAGUAUACAGAUUUGUGACUUCAAUUUAUCCUUCUGGUGAGGAUGAUGUCAUAACUUCACCUUACAAUAGCAUCUUGGCAAUGAAGGAACUCAAUGAGCAUGCAGACUGUGUGUUGCCCGUUGACAACCAAUCUUUAUUUGACAUCAUUAGCAAAAUUGACCUCAUGGUGAAUUCUGGAAAGUUGGGUACAACUGUAAAGCCAAAGAGUCUGGUUACCUCGAGUGCUGGGGCUUUUAAAAAGCGGCAGGAAAAGCCCUUCGAUGCCAUGAACAACAUCGUGGCAAAUUUGCUGCUCAACCUAACGAGCUCUGCAAGGUUUGAAGGAUCCCUUAAUAUGGACCUUAAUGAAAUCAGCAUGAAUUUAGUUCCUUUUCCUCAGCUACAUUAUCUUGUGUCAAGCCUAACACCUCUGUAUACACUGGCAGAUGUUAACAUUCCUCCUCGAAGGUUGGAUCAGAUGUUUUCGGAUGCCUUUAGUAAAGAUCAUCAGCUAAUUCAGGCUGACCCCAAACAUAGUCUGUACCUCGCCUGUGCCCUCAUGGUUAGAGGAAAUGUCCAGAUUUCAGAUCUUCGCAGAAAUAUUGAAAGAUUAAAACCUUCUCUACAGUUUGUCUCCUGGAAUCAAGAAGGCUGGAAGACCAGCCUGUGUUCAGUGCCUCCCGUGGGCCACUGCCAUUCAUUACUAGCAUUAGCAAAUAACACAUGUGUGAAGCCCACCUUCAUGGACCUGAGAGAGAGAUUCACGAGGCUCUACAAGAAAAAGGCUCAUCUUCAUCACUAUCUGCAAAUCGAAGGGAUGGAGGAAAGCUGUUUCUCAGAAGCCCUGUCGUCUUUAUCAGCACUCAUACAGGAGUACAGCCAGCUGGACGCCACGAAAAGCAUGCCCGUGGAAGAUCUGCCUAGACUGAGCGUAGCCGUGUAAAACAGAAACCCAAAAGACGCUUUCACUUUUUCUUAAUUUCACAUGUUUUUGUUUUUUUUUUUUUUUUUGUCAUCUUACCUUUCUGUUUCAGAAUCUUUGUAAUUCAGAAAGCCUGGUUUGUGUUUUUCAUAUUAGGAAGUAUUUUCCUGUGAGAGAGUUGUUUCAUUUCAUGACCAGUUGUUGGUAAUACCACUGUGUGACAUUAGUAAAGUCCUAGUACCUUAACUUCAAAUACUGUCUUCAGAUAUUCCCUUUUUCUAAAACUGAGAGAGUGGAGUGCUUCAGCAUUUUACUUUAUUUAUAAUCUCAUAUUUAGGCAUUUAUACAGUAAGAAUCAUGGCUUCAAUAAAAAUUUGUACAGAUAUAUUUUUACAUUUAUUUAUAAUUUAUGUUUUCAUAUCGUUUAAAUUCUUCUCAUUCUUUCAAAGUAAGUACAGGGAGUUGAAAACCACAAUAUAAAUAUUUCUGUGAAAUAUCCACUGGCUUCAGGGAUAGUUUUUAUUACAGCUACUGAGGUUUUGUUUCUUUGGAUAAUCUUGUUUGCACUGCACUC